AUGCCCUCAACCAAUAUUGAAAAGCCUCCAGACCUUAGCGUUCGAUUGUUUGUUGCCUGUCCACGCAGUGGGUCCGCACUCCUUAUGAGAAUCUUUGCUGAAAAUCCUGAGUGUGGUGUCACUAGUCGGUUGAUGCUCAUGGACCACGCAAGCCUAGAGGGUCAAGAUACACCCAACCGUGCAAUCUUCCAGACUCCUGCCCAGCAUGAUGUAUAUCAAUUGGCCCUCAAUGCUGGAAAGCGGUUUCUCAUCUCCAGAGAAGAACUCGGCCACGAUAUAAGAAAGGGCGAGUGUUCCUACGACUUGCUCCCAAGUGCUACUGCAUUUGAUCUCGCACGGCCGGUCUUUCUUAUACGCGAUCCCAUGCGCGUGUUUGACAGCUGGAAGAAAAUAGGAUGGAAAGACGUCCAGAGCUUUAUUGACUGCUAUGUCAACGUUUUCAGCAUGAUUGAUCGGUCGGCUUCGAGGAACAUAUCCUGUCUACUGUAUGAGCAACUCGUCUACGACCCUCGGGAAGAGCUUCAACGAGUCUGUUCCCGAUGGGGUAUACCAUUCUCAGAUGCAUCGCUUCAAUUCACUAAACCUUUCGGAUCAAGCUUCCUCAUGUCCGAAAAGGAGACGAAAGCCUACUGCGAAACAGAGCCAGCCGGUAUCUUCACGACAGUCGAAGCGACUUCAUCAAUCAUACAAGAUGUGGAAUACCAUGGUCUCCUGACACUGGAAGAGAAGGAAAAGAUUGAAUACACUCUGUGCCGCUCUUAUCUUGGCUAUUGGCGAGACAAGGUAGACCAACUACGGACUACCUUAUCUGAGAAAACAUGGUUCGGUUUCGAUCUUGACGACACUCUUCAUGAGUUUCGCCUCGCAUCUUCAACGGCAACAAACAAAGCACUAGAGGUGCUAUCGCAGAGCUAUGGGACACCUUUGGAAGCCUUGAAGAAAGAGUACUCCUAUAUCCUUCGAACCAAGACGUCAAAUGCAUUCUCGGAUGGGAAGACGUCAUUCGAGUACAGAAGAGAGAGGUUUACUCUUCUGUUGGAACGAAUCUCUCAGACAGCUACUCCGACGUUUCUCACAAGCCUUUUGGAAAUUUAUGAAAAAACACUGAUGGAUUCUCUUCAACUCAAAUGCGGAGCCAUCAAUCUUCUAGCAACGUUGAAGAGACUGGGAAAGAAAAUCGUCAUCAUCACAGAAGGUCCUCAGGAUGCGCAGGAACGAACGAUACGCCAUCUGGGCAUUGCCGAGCAAGUCGAUGCUUUGGUAACGACGAAUUCCUUUGGUUUAUCAAAAGUUGACGGGUUGUUUCCAAAGGUCCUUCAACACCUCGGAAUCUUGCCCGCCGAGAUGGCUUACAUUGGAGACAGCGAACAGCGAGACAUGGAGCCCGCACUAGCUGAAAGGAUCUUCUGUAUUCAUUUUGCCGAGACGGCGAACUUCUCUCUUGAUGUUUACCCGCCGCGAAUAAAUACUUUGGUGAAGCUUGACUGUAUCAUCUCAAGCUUGGAGCCGGAUCUUGCAGGAGAAUGA